AUGAAGUACCUCACAGCGCUGUUGAUACCUCUCCUCUACUGUACUCCUACAUACGCAGACUUUGCCGACGACGCAUUCUCAGCGAUAAAAACUCUACAAGAAAAAUGGUACAACUCUGAUACUGGUUUAUGGAACGACUUAUGGUGGCAGUCUGGCAACAUUAUUGAGACCGUCGCGCGCUUCGGUAUUCAGGAUGCCGACUUCAAAGAGCACGCCAUUAACAUCGUCUCCACCACAUACGCCAAAUCGUCCCAACAGCACGGUGCAGAUGGGUGGAAGAACAAAUUUUACGAUGACGAGGGGUGGUGGGCCAUGGGCUGGAUAGCCUCAUACGAUCUCACUGGAGACAUGAAGUACCUCGACACAGCCAGAGACAUCUUCGCCGACAUGACUACAGGCUGGGACGGCAAUCGGUGUGGCGGCGGCCUAUGGUGGUCCAAAGACCGCGACUACAUUGCUGCCAUCUCAAACGAACUCUUCUUAUCCGUUGCUGCCCAUCUGGCAAACCGGGCCGAGGGCCAGAUGAAAGAGGACUACACCAACUGGGCUGAGAUGGAGUGGGACUGGUUCGAAAAGUCCGGUAUCAUCAACUCCGACAGCUUAGUAAACGACGGCAUCGAUCCAUCAAGCUGCAAGAACAACGGCAGAACAACCUUCACUUACAACCAAGGCAUCGUCCUAGCUGGUCUCUCGGAAUUAGCUCGCGCAACAAACAACGGCGAUUACAUCGAAAAGGCCUACAAGCUCGCUACGGCGUCGACUUCUAAACUCAGUGACGGCAGCGGUAUCCUCACCGAGCCCGCUGAUGGCCCUCUCGACCCCGUCGCCUCGCAAUUCAAGGGCGCAUACGUUCGCGGUCUAUCAACGCUGUAUGAAAACGCACCACAAGAAGGUGUCCAACAAUUCUUCAUGCGCAAUGCGAAUGCGGCGAGGAGUCAGCCUAGGGUUGAUGGUGGCGUUAUUAUAGAUCUGUGGCAGGGGCCCAGCGACAAUGGCAACCCGAGCACACAUGCGAGUGGCAUUGACAUUCUUGUCGCCGCUGCGCUGGCUGGAGAAGCUUAA